CAUAGACCCACAGAUCCGGAUCCGAGUCCAAAUGUAAAGACAAGUCUGGUUUUGCGGCCGGAGUGGAAAUGUCAGGGAUGUCAAGGAUGUCUGUGUGCCGUUCCAGGCCGCAGCAUUAACUUAAUGCCCGGCCAAAGACAUGACAAGCCGAGCUCCCAGCUCCGACUCAGCUCUCUUCUCCUGGCGAUCUUGCGGUGGACAAGGCCGAACUACUAAAAGCACUUUGUCCCAGUCACCGAACCACCCACAGGACACCCAUCACCCCAUCACCCACCCAUCCGGCAAACACCCACCGCUAAACAAAGCAAACAGCAGCCACAACUACGACAAACUACGGCAGCUAAAACAAUGGAACAAUGGGCUUUUAGAGGCAACCUCAGGCCAUAAAGACCAAUUAAAUUACCCGGGAUUUCCUUUUGAUGACAGUUCAAAUUCGUGUGAGUUCCAUAGAGGAAACAUUCAUUCUAAGAAUCUUCCAGUCCGGUCCCUGGAAAUGCUAAUGCCGGUCGCCUCUUCUACUUGGCCAACUCCAGUUUCCCUGGCCAACAGCAAGAACAGCAAGAACAACAAAGACGCGGGUGGCGUGUAA